CGGAUUGACGGAAGGGAGGAGGAGGACAGCGGAUUGAGAUCAUCGCUCUCAUGGAUCUCUCAUUGCUGUCUUCAUAGGUUAACCGUGUCACCUCUGAGAUGUGUCCGUUUGGCUCCUAAGCCUUUGUGGACUUGUUUUAGCCUGCAAUAUGAACAGAAGAAGAAAAUAGGCAGCGGCGACUGGCUUCCUGUGGGAUUCAACCCAGGCAUUUUAUUUUUUUUUUAUUUCGUGGACAAGUCUGGUUUAUCAUGGAACAAAGCUGCGAGAGACUAGCUGGCCGACAGUUCGUCUAGCGCAACAUUUCCAGGCUUUUAGAUGAUCAUUCGGCCGAGGAGCUGAUUUAUUUUGGACCAGCGCUGCUUCCCUGCGGGAGUGAGGACUCAGCAUGGGGGAGCCCAGCCUGGAUGACUCCAAUGUCAAGGUGGCUGUCCGUGUACGGCCCAUGAACAGGAGAGAAAAGGACUUAAACACAAAAUGUGUUGUGGAUAUGGUGAAGAACCAGACAAUUCUCCACCCUGCUGGAGCUAACCUUGGAAAAACUGACUCCAGGAAUCAGUCCAAGGUUUUUGCAUAUGAUUAUUGCUUCUGGUCCAUGGAUGAAACAGAUAAGGAAAAAUUUGCAGGUCAGGAGGUGGUGUUUCAGUGCCUUGGGGAAAGCCUUCUCCACAAUGCCUUCCAGGGCUACAAUGCCUGUAUCUUUGCCUAUGGACAAACUGGUUCAGGAAAAUCAUACACCAUGAUGGGUUCUGGUGACCAGCCGGGGCUGAUUCCUCGCCUGUGCAGCGCUUUGUUUGAGCGAACGCAAAAAGAACAGCGGGAGGAGGAGAGCUUCACUGUUGAGGUUUCCUACAUGGAGAUUUACAACGAAAAGGUCCGAGAUCUGCUGGAUCCCAAAGGGGGGAGACAGACUCUGAGGGUGAGAGAGCAUAAAGUUUUGGGUCCAUAUGUUGACGGUCUGUCUCGACUUGCAGUUACUAGCUACAAGGACAUUGAGUCUCUGAUGUCGGAGGGGAAUAAGUCUCGUACCGUUGCUGCUACCAACAUGAAUGAAGAGAGCAGUCGAUCACACGCCGUCUUUAACAUCAUCCUCACACACACGCUGAAAGACCUGCAGUCUGGGACGAGUGGGGAGAAGGUGAGUCGGUUAAGUCUGGUGGACCUGGCUGGAAGUGAGCGAGCAGCAAAAACUGGAGCAGCUGGCGAGCGACUGAAGGAAGGAAGCAACAUCAACAAGUCUCUCACAACACUUGGUCUGGUGAUCUCUGCCCUGGCUGAACAGGGAACCACCAAGAACAAGACCAAGUUUGUUCCAUACAGAGACUCUGUUCUGACGUGGCUGCUGAAGGACUGCCUGGGGGGCAACAGCCGCACAGCCAUGGUUGCGACUGUGAGUCCAGCAGCAGACAACUAUGAGGAGACCCUGUCGACGCUGCGCUAUGCUGACCGAGCGAAAAACAUCGUUAACCACGCCGUCGUCAACGAAGACCCCAACGCUCGCAUCAUCAGGGAGCUCAGGGAGGAGGUGGAGAAACUGCGAGUGCAGCUGACCCAGGCUGAGUCUCUGAAAGCUCCAGACCUGAAAGAACGCCUGGAAGAGUCUGAAAAGUUAAUCCAAGAAAUGACCGUCACAUGGGAGGAGAAGCUUCGCAAAACAGAGGAGAUUGCACAGGACCGUCAGAAGCAGCUGGAGAGUCUGGGGAUUUCUCUUCAAUCAUCAGGGAUCAAAGUUGGCGAUGAUAAAAGUUUUCUGGUGAACCUUAAUGCUGAUCCGGCCCUUAAUGAACUGCUUGUGUACUACCUGAAGGAACACACGAAGGUGGGCUCGGUGGACUCCCAGGACAUCCAGCUCUGUGGGAUGGGCAUCCAGGCGGAGCACUGUGUCAUUGACAUUACGGCCGAGGCUGCUGUCGUCCUCACCCCCUAUCCCAACGCUCGGACAUGUGUUAAUGGUUCUCCAGUAACCAGUGCUCUGCAGCUUCAUCAUGGGGACCGAAUCCUCUGGGGAAAUAAUCACUUCUUUAGGAUCAAUCUGCCAAAACGGCGCUCACGGGGCGCAGAGGAUGAGGACGGAGAAGCCGGUGUGAUGAAGAACAGCAGUAGCAGUGAGCAGCUGGAUGCAGACGGGGACACGGCCAGCGAAGUGUCCAGUGAAGUCAGCUUCUCCUAUGAGUUUGCACAGACAGAGGUCAUGAUGAAGGCUCUGGGCAACAACGACCCCAUGCAGGCCGUCCUCCAGUCUCUGGAGAGGCAGCACGAAGAAGAGAAGCGCUCCGCCCUGGAGCGACAGAGGCAGAUGUACGAGCAGGAGCUCAUGCAGCUCCGCAAGAAGCUCAAUCCAGACCGCCUGUCCACAGGCCAGCCUGGAGGACAGACACCUGGACAGCAAGGACCAGGACAGCAGUCUCACUACCGCAGCCUGGAGAGACUCAGCAUGGGAGGGAUGAGCCAUUCAACCAGCACUCACAGACUGAGGCAGUGGAGUGAAGACAGGGAGGCAGUGUUGGUGAGAAGUCUUCGGAGGUUGAGGGAGCAAAUAGUGAGAGCAAACCUCCUGGUGCAGGAGGCGUGUUAUAUCUCAGAGGAGCUGGAGCGUCACACGGAGUACAGAGUCACCCUGCAGAUCCCGUCAGACAACCUCAACGCAAACCGCAAGAGAGAUGCAGUCCUCAGUGAACCUGCAAUCCAGGUCCGAAGACGGUGUAGAGGGAAACAGAUCUGGAGUUUGGAGAAGAUGGAGAACCGCCUGGUGGAUAUGAGAGAGCUCUACCAGGAGUGGCAGGACUACCACCUCCACAAUCAGGAAAACCCAGGGAUGCGGUCAUAUUUCCGUCGGGCAGACCCGUUCUUUGACGAGCAGGAGAACCACAGUCUGAUUGGAGUGGCCAACGUCUUCCUUUCAUGUCUGUUCUAUGAUGUCAAGCUGCAGUACGCUGUUCCCAUCAUCAAUCAAAAAGGAGAGGUUGCCGGGCGCCUGCAUGUGGAGGUGAUGAGAGUAGGAGGGGGGCUGGAGGACAGCAUGGCAGGAGGAGAUGACCUCGACAACAACCAGGACUCUGAAGUUGAGGACCGCAAACUGGUCUGCAUGAUUAAGAUCCUUCAGGCCACAGGUCUUCCUCAGCACCUGUCCAACUUUGUCUUCUGUCAGUACGUUUUCUGGGACCAGCCUGAGCCCAUCAUCGUGGCCCCUGAAGUUGAUCAUUCGUCUUCGUCUCCCAGCACCAAGGACCCUCACUGCAUGGUUGUGUUUGACAGCUGCAAGGAGCUGGCGGUGUCCGUGUCGGAGGAUUUUAUCGAGUACCUUACAGAAGGAGCUGUUGCCAUCGAGGUGUACGGACACAAACAGUCUGACGGAGGGAGGAACCCAGCUUUAUGGGACCUCAGCAUCAUCCAGGCUAAAACACGCACGCUGCGAGACCGGUGGAGUGAAGUGACGCGCCGUCUGGAGUUAUGGAUUCAGAUCCUGGAGAUUAAUGAGAAUGGAGACUUUGUGCCGGUUGAAGUGGUUCCAGCUAAAGACGUGCGCACAGGUGGAGUCUUUCAGCUUCGCCAGGGUCAGUCGCGGCGGAUCCAGGUGGACGUGCGCUCAGUGCAGGACUCGGGCACCAUGCCUCUGAUAGCAGAGGUGGUGCUCGCGGUGUCCGUGGGCUGUGUGGAGACGAGACAAAGCCCCGCAUACGACGAACAGGAUGAGAUGGACAGCUAUCAGGAGAAAGAUCUGGAACGUUUGCGGCGACAGUGGUUAACGACUCUCACCAAGAGGCAGGAGUACCUCGACCAGCACCUGCAAAACCUGGUUAGCAAAGCAGAAAAGACGGAGGAUGACAUGGAGAGGGAGGCCCAGCUGCUGGAGUGGCGUCUGACUCUGACAGAGGAGAGAAAUGCUGUGAUGGUGCCCUCUGCUGGCAGCGGCAUUCCUGGCGCUCCAGCCGAAUGGUCUCCUCUACCGGGCAUGGAGACACACAUUCCUGUUAUUUUCCUCAACAUCAAACCUGAUGACCUCAGCUCUCAGGACCAGUUUGAGGUGCCUGAGGUGGGAGGCUUGGACGCCACUUUGGGUGAAGAAUAUGAGGACGACUUCUUCGACUUGCAGAUCGUCAAACACUACGAUGGAGAGGUGAAAGCAGAGGCAUCGUGGGACUCGACUGUCCACGAGAGCCCCUUCCUCAGUCGAGGGGGGUUCUGGCCUGAGCAGCGCGUCUACCUGACGGUUCGAGUGGUCGUUCAGCUCAGCCACCCUGCCGACAUGCAGCUGGUGCUGAGGAAAAGAAUCUGUGUCUACGUUAACUCGGGCCGCCAGGGCUUCGCGCACAACUUUCUCAGAAGGAUGUCGACCCGCAGCACCAUACCGGGCUCAGGCGUCACCUUCGAGGUCGUCUCCAACAUCCCAGAGGACGCUCCGGGUUCGGAGGACAGAGAGAUGCUGGCCCGGCUUGCUGCGAGCGCACACAACAGCCAGUCAGGCGAGGAUGAGGCUGCCAUAGAAAAGUACCUCCGUAGUGUCAUGAAUCUGGAGAACAUCCUGACUCUGGACAGACUCAGACAGGAAGUGGCAGUGAAGGAGCAGCUGUCUGGCAGAGGGAGGAGUAACAGAAGGAGCCUGAGCUCUCCCUCUGUUCACAGGCUGUCAGGAAGUAGACAGGACCUGUCCACCACUUGCCUGUUGGACGAUAAGGGUCGAUGGGAGAGUCAGCAGGAUAUCUUCAUGCCCUCUCAGUUCCACCGCACCCUCCCACGCCCGGCUUCAUCCCCCUCCACCUACUCCACCUCCCCCUCUUCAUCCUCUAUGUCCUUCUCCAGUCCCCCCCAACAGAACCAGGAACCAGAACAAGGUCGUUUAGGACUUGCUGCCUCUUAUCUUUCAGUUAAGGCGCUGGUUCCACAGAUGCCCAAACUGCUCAAGUCUCUGUUUCCUGCUCGAGACGACAAGAAGGAGCUUCGCCCUUCACAGCAAAGCCAGCAGCAUCUACCUCGUAUCAUGACAUCAUCAGCGGGGGACGAUAACAAAGCCAAGCCUGAGACGGCUGCUGCUCCGCGGCCGCCGGCCAAAGACAGACGGACAGAGUUACCAGACGCCCCUCCUCUUCCUGUGCAUGACCCGCAUGACACCACCCCCCUCAGCCCCCUCAGCCAGUCGUCCAGCGGCUAUUUCUCCAAUAGCGUGUCCACCGUUACCCUGUCUGACGUUCUCCAGCCCUCCUCAUCGUCUUCCUCCCUCCUGGGUGCAGAGACCUCGUCGCCCACAAACCCUCAGCAGCAGGGCGCUGACGGGAACCAUGUUGUGACCUCUCCUCCUCAGCGCGACGCCAGGUUAGCUCCCCACAACUCGGCCAAUCACAGCACCUCAGCCGAGCCGCCGUCCUCCGACCAGAAGCCGGUCGACUCRGGAGGAGGCGACGGCUUCGAGAGGCUGGAGAUCCUCGUGGACGAGGACGAGCGCGGCUGCGACGACGUGCUUCCUGAUUGGCUGGCAGAUGGGGCGUCUGUCACAGUAGGAAGUAAUAAAACAGGAGCGGUGCGCUACGUGGGGACGACACAGUUCGCUGAUGGAGUUUGGGUGGGGGUGGAGCUGGACACUCCUGUAGGUAAGAACGACGGCUCCGUCGGAGGUCACCGAUAUUUCCACUGCAAACCUGGUUACGGGGUGCUGGUUCGACCGGACCGGGUAUCUCGGCGCGAUCGGACCAGUCGACGAACAGCAGACUUGCCUCCGCCCGCCCACGUUCCCAUCCUGCGAGGAGAACCCGCCACCGGACGGCGGGGGGAGAACAGAAAGUCGUGGAGUAGCUGAGACAGGAGAACUCAAAACUGGACGGGAGAGAAGACCUCCCUGCAGUCCUCCUCCUCCUCCUCCUCCUCCUCCUCUCCUCACAGCUCUAACAGACUCACGCUGCGCUGACCUACUGCCUCACAACCUGCAGUCUAACAGGAAACUGAACCGAUGAAGAGAAAACCACAGAAAUGUUUCUGAAAGUUCUCCACGUCUGGCAGAAGACUAAACCACGUUAGAAGAUGUUUCCUACAGGAAACAGGAAGGUGGACGCUCAGAGUGAACGAUGGGAAAAUGAGGAAACCACUCUGAGCUGAUAUGCAGGAAUGCAAACUGGUCGCUUUGUUAAAGCUAAACUCAGUUUGUCGUUCAGGCACCUCAGACUAAACAUUUUUUAAAACACUAUAAAGACUUUCAGCUGUAGAACCUUAUCUAAAAAAACAGAAUAUAUUUGUAGCAUUUCUUUAACAUUUUAUUUUCCUCCCUCGGUGUUUCACUGUGCUAAAURUUUAACAUUUGUAAAUAAGAAACUAGAAACUGAUGGAUUUAAAACGGUUUGCCAUGAGAGGUGUUUGUAUCCCUGCAUAUCUCUACCUGGACGCUCAGAGACUUCCACUGCCAGCCUCCUGAACUCUGCAGGCUACGUUUGCAGACUUUGAGUCCUCUCUACUUCCUGGACUUUAUUCUUUUCUUUCCUUUUCUUUUUACACACCGACUCUCCCAGAACGUGCCUUUGUCAUGGUCUGGUCUGGUUUGUGUUGAAGUUUUCUUUAAAGAGAACGCCUUGUGCUAAGUGUGAGGUGAUCUCAGGGACUGCAGAGGGGGGGAGAAGAAAGCAUGACGUGUGUGUGUUUAUAAAUGUACAGUUUUGCUUUGUGUGCACAAGUUCAUUUCAAAUCAUGGUGGUCAUGCAAGAGGAAUACUGGAAGAGUCGCCCAAACUAAGAGGCUUUUAAAGUUUGUUUGUUUUUAAUUAUGCACUGGAGAUGUUGGAGUAACAGUCGGUGUAUGUGAGCAGAGUGUGAACGGUGGUCACGGUGCAGUGGGGACCGGGAGCUGGACGUGAGCGACUCGACGGCGUUCGGAGCGCAGCAGGCGUGUCGAUCAGGAGGGGAAGGCUAGAGUACGUGUCGAGGAAGAGCUUAGCGAGUUUCUGCUCGAGAAGAGAGUUAAUUUUGUUUUCUAUGCAUUUGAUGUUUUUAAAGCAAACCUCGUUUUUAAUGUAUAUUUUUAAAAUGCCGAGGAAACGGAGWGCAUUAUGGGAGAGUGGAGGCAGGAUCACGUAUUCCUGACACCUGCUGAGGAAAACCCGAUGCAGUAAAGAUUUAGAAUUGGUUUUAAACUGAGUCGAACAUUCCUGUUUGUUCCCACUCGUGGAUAUUUACCGGUGGACGUUUUCUCGUUUACUGGAUGUGAGGUGGAAGUAUUGCACGUGUUUAGAGGAAGAGCUGCUUCAUGAAACAUGGAUUGGGAACAUCUGAGCCGCAGCACUGCUGAGGUCAGGAGCUUGAACUCACAGAGUGAAAAGUUUGGUUUGAGAUAAAUAUUUAAUCUCUGCUCUGAAUCCUUCAGUUGUUCUCGGUGCAUCCAGCUGUGCUCGUGUCCUGUUGAGGA